GUGUUUUUUUCUCUUGAUUUGUUCUGAUUUUUGCUGCUUUUUUUCCCCUAUCUUUCUCUUGAGGUUUUUCGCCUUUGUUUCAGGGCACCUACCGCGUGCGCAACAUCACCAACAACGCGCCGCUCUUGGCGAAGCUUCCGCUGCCAUGGGAGGGCAACGUCUGGCUGGUGCGCUUCUCCAUGAUGGACUCCAAGAGCGGCAUCAACAUUUGUACGGAAAUGGAGUUGCACUUUCAGCGGGUCCGUGACAACUGAUCGAGUGAAACAGGAGGAGAGAUGGCUUCUCCGAAAUCUUUUUUUAUGUUAAUUUUUGAUACGAGUUGGGAACCAAUUAACGGAAAAGGAGUCAACUUGAGGGAAGGGACCGUCCCCCACUCCAUUCAAGACACAUAGAUCGCCAACACCAUGUUGUCAAUGCUUUAAUUAAAGAAUGGCUGCUGAACGAGUUGCUGACUUCUUGUAUUUCGAUGCUCGUUUUCGUCGACUCUUAUAUCUAGCACAUUAAUGAAAGAGACCAAACACACCGAUUUCAACAUCUGCAAUACGGAGGGAAGCUCGAAUAUGAUCUGACAGUUUCGCGUACCCGAAAAGCCGAAGAGGCACGCGAUCAGGUCUACCAAUCAGAGCCAUUACGGAAAGAGACGAAUCAGAGAGUUUGUUCGUUUCCUACGCCCGAUCUGGAUGGCCUGGAGCACCCUAUAUUCAUUUACUUUUUGUCCCGUUUAUCGAUGUGUCCCGUCCCACCGCACGUGGCAUUUUGAACUACAGAUGCAAUCGGCUCUACGAGUUUGCACGAGUAACCAGCCGGCGGGCUUGGCAAAAAAAAUAAAUGAAAUCACUCACUCGUUGGUGCCGUGCUCACCGCUGGUCCUUUCAGUGGUGCCACCGACUUCGCGCGCCAAUGAGCAGGCUGCUGCAGCCUGUCUCGCCUCCACCUCCACGACUAGCGCCGUGCUUGUGUUUGCAUGUGUGUUCGUCAGCCUGCUCCGAGUAAGCGCCAUGGCGACAUGCUCCUCUGCAUCCUCGCCCUCCUCCUCUUCCUCGCCAUGCACCCCGUCUGCUGGUCGAAGCGUCCAAGUCAGCGCCCCAGUCUAUUGCAGGCCUCCCGUUUGGUUGUCGAGUUCCCCAAACUAGAGGCGUGCCGCAACGAGCCAGGCAACGCCAUCCGGUACUUCAACUUUCAGACCCGCAUGAUCAGCAAGACGGAAUCCUCUCUGAACGUCGACUUCAACGUCACCCGCUCGGUCCAGAAUGUCGACACGAUCAUGAUACAGCUCACUAAGUGCAGGGAGAGUGUCUCGUCCAACUCCUGCGAGCGCUUCCAGAACUGGCGCUUCGAAAAUAACCCGUGCAAGGGGUGGGACGACCCCAACGCCAUCUGGAGCAGCGCACUGUCUCAUAUAAAGCCCCGCCUGAGCUGUCCCUUCAAGGAGGGCACCUACCACGUGCGCAACAUCACGACCAACACGCCCCUCCUGGAGAAGCUGCCCCUGCCCUGGGAGGGUAACGUCUGGCUCAUUCGCUUGGGCAUGCUCGUCACCAAGACCCGCUAUCACGUCUGCGCCGAGACGGAGAUGCGCGUGCACCGGGUGCGCGCCAAAUGAGAAAGGAGAAGGGCACUUAAAAAUUAAAAUAACAUGUUGGCGCUGCAA